UCCAAGUUGAAUGCAAGUGUCAAUUUGAAACUUUACUAACAUUAACCUCUAAACAACAAAAUAAUUUAUUAUUACGCUUACCAUUUACUGUGACAGUUUAAUUUGUUGGAAUAAACGUUUCAUGGUUAUGUGGUUUUGUAUGAAAUUGGUGUUAUUGGAGUAGGUUAAGCUGAAUAAUUAGAAAAAUAUGGCAGAAUUAUUGCUGGAUCCGGCCAUAAGGUUAUGGGUUUUUUGGCCUAUAGUGGUCAUAACAUUUUUAGUUGGAAUUGUAAGACAUUAUGUUUCUCUGUUACUUACUUCUCAAAAGAAAGUGGAACUGCAACAACUUCAAGAUAGUCAGGUUAUGAUCAGAGCUCGACUUCUAAGGGAAAAUGGAAAAUAUUUAACUCGUCAGUCAUUUCAAAUGAGACGACAUUACUUCAAUAAUGAAGAAACUGGUUAUUUCAAGACACAGAAAAGGGCAGCAGUAAACCAGAACCCCAUGACAGACCCCAGCAUGAUGACUGAUAUGCUCAAAGGCAAUGUUACGAAUGUUCUACCAAUGAUUUUAAUUGGUGGCUGGAUUAAUUGGAUGUUUUCAGGAUUUGUUACAACAAAAGUGCCUUUCCCUUUAACUCUCAGAUUCAAGCCUAUGUUGCAGAGAGGAGUAGAGUUACUUUCUCUAGAUGCGGCUUGGGUGUCUUCUGCAUCCUGGUAUUUCCUAAAUGUUUUUGGAUUACGUAGUAUUUACACACUUGUACUUGGUGAGAACAAUGCAGCUGAUCAGUCACGCCACAUUCAGGAACAGAUGUCAGGUGCUGCAAUGGCAAUGCCACUUGAUCCAAAGGCUGCAUUCAAGGCAGAAUGGGAGGCACUUGAAAUCCUGGACCAUCAGUGGACUCUUAACAAUAUUGAAUCAGAGAUCACAGGCCCGACACCCGACACCAUAUACCAUCAGAACAAAUUGGAUAAUUAACAUUUAAAAAACUACAUUUACUGUAAUUUAAAAUGCAGUCUAUUACAUUUUGUGUAUGUAGCCUACUGUAAACAAAGAUAAUCUAUUAAAAGUUUAUUGUGUUUACUAAUGCCAUUUUUUUUAAAUAAAGCGUAAACAGAAUAA